AGCAGGGCAAAGUGAGACCUUGGUCAGGCACCUACUCAGCAAGCAGUCAUAUAGGAGGGGCUGCUGGGGGGUCAGAGGUGACGGUGCAGCGCGCAUCACAUGGCCGGGUUCUUAUAUUACAAGAUCCAGCCGUCAGCUGAUGAUGAAAACGACAUGCCAACUUCCUCAAGCAAGUCCCCUCACACUAGGAGUGAUGGACAAGGCCACUCAGAGACACAGUGGGACUCCAUCAGCGAGGUGGACGAGUCCUUCCAUCCCAUCCACACCUACCAGGUGUGCAACGUCAUGAGCCCCAACCAGAACAACUGGCUGCGCACCAGCUGGGUGCCCCGCGAUGGCGCACGCCGGGUCUACGCGGAGAUCAAGUUCACGCUCCGUGAUUGCAACAGCAUGCCGGGCGUGCUGGGCACCUGCAAGGAGACCUUCAACCUCUACUACCUGGAGUCUGACCGCGACCUGGGCGCCAGCACGCAGGAAAGCCAGUUCCUCAAGAUCGACACGAUCGCCGCUGACGAGAGCUUCACCGGCGCUGACCUGGGCGUCCGGCGACUCAAGCUCAACACGGAGGUGCGCGGCGUGGGGCCCCUCAGCAAGCGCGGCUUCUACCUGGCCUUCCAGGACAUCGGGGCCUGCCUCGCCAUCCUGUCUCUGCGCAUCUACUACAAGAAGUGCCCCGCCAUGGUGCGCAACCUGGCGGCCUUCUCGGAGGCGGUGACCGGGGCCGACUCCUCCUCACUGGUGGAGGUGCGGGGCCAGUGCGUCCGGCACUCGGAGGAGCGGGACACGCCCAAGAUGUACUGCAGCGCUGAGGGAGAGUGGCUGGUGCCCAUCGGCAAGUGCGUGUGCAGCGCGGGCUACGAGGAGAGGCGGGAUGCCUGUGUGGCCUGCGAGCUAGGCUUCUACAAAUCAGCCCCUGGGGACCAGCUGUGUGCCCGCUGCCCUCUGCACAGCCACUCUGCAGCCCCUGCUGCCCAGACCUGCCGCUGUGACCUCAGCUACUACCGUGCAGCCCUGGACCCGCCAUCCGCAGCCUGCACCCGGCCACCUUCGGCACCAGUGAACCUGAUCUCCAGUGUGAAUGGGACAUCCGUGACCCUGGAGUGGGCCCCUCCCCUGGACCCAGGUGGCCGCAGUGACAUCACCUACAAUGCCAUGUGCCGCCGCUGCCCGUGGACACUGAGCCGAUGUGAAGCGUGUGGGAGCGGCACCCGCUUUGUGCCGCAGCAGAAGAGCCUGGUACAGGCCAGCCUGCUGGUGGCCAACCUGCUGGCCCACACGAACUACUCCUUCUGGAUCGAGGCUGUCAAUGGCGUGUCUGACCUGAGCCCUGAGCCCCGCCGGGCUGCCGUGGUCAACAUCACCACGAAUCAGGCAGCCCCGUCGCAGGUGGUGGCCAUCCGGCAGGAGCGCGCCGGGCAGACCAGCGUGUCGCUGCUGUGGCAGGAGCCCGAGCAGCCCAACGGGAUCAUCCUGGAGUACGAGAUCAAGUACUACGAGAAGGACAAGGAGACGCAGAGCUACUCCACGCUCAAGGCCGUCACCACGCGGGCCACCGUGUCGGGCCUCAAGCCGGGCACGCGCUACGUGUUCCAGGUGCGAGCGCGCACCUCGGCGGGCUGCGGCCGCUUCAGCCAGGCCAUGGAGGUUGAGACCGGGAAACCCCGGCCCCGUUAUGACACCCGGACCAUCGUCUGGAUCUGCCUGACACUCAUCACAGGCCUAGUUGUACUUCUUCUCCUGCUCAUCUGCAAAAAGAGGCACUGUGGCUACAGCAAGGCCUUCCAGGACUCUGACGAGGAGAAGAUGCACUACCAGAGUGGGCAGGCACCCCCACCUGUCUUCCUGCCCCUGCACCACCCCCCCGGGAAGUUACCAGAGCCCCAGUUCUACGCAGAACCCCAUACCUACGAGGAACCAGGUCGAGCAGGUCGAGGUUUCACCCGAGAGAUUGAGGCCUCCAGGAUCCACAUCGAGAAAAUCAUUGGCUCAGGGGAGUCCGGCGAAGUCUGCUAUGGGCGGCUGCGGGUGCCGGGUCAGUUAGACAUGCCUGUGGCCAUCAAGGCCCUCAAAGCUGGCUACACAGAGAGGCAGCGGCGGGAUUUCCUGAGUGAGGCGUCCAUAAUGGGCCAGUUCGACCACCCCAAUAUCAUCCGUCUGGAGGGUGUCGUCACCCGUGGCCGCUUGGCAAUGAUCGUGACCGAGUACAUGGAGAACGGCUCUCUGGACGCCUUCCUGAGGAUCCACGACGGACAGUUCACCAUCAUGCAGCUCGUGGGCAUGCUCAGAGGAGUGGGUGCUGGCAUGCGCUACCUCUCAGACCUGGGUUACAUCCACCGCGACCUGGCUGCCCGCAACAUCCUGGUUGACGGCAACCUGGUCUGCAAGGUGUCCGACUUCGGGCUCUCAAGGGUGCUGGAGGAUGACCCCAACGCUGCCUACACCACCACGGGCGGGAAGAUUCCCAUCCGCUGGACAGCUCCGGAGGCCAUUGCCUUCCGGACUUUCUCCUCAGCCAGCGACGUGUGGAGUUUUGGCGUGGUCAUGUGGGAGGUGCUGGCCUACGGCGAGAGGCCCUACUGGAACAUGACCAACCGGGACGUCAUCAGCUCCGUGGAAGAGGGGUACCGGCUGCCCGCACCCAUGGGCUGCCCCCGAGCCCUGCACCAGCUCAUGCUCGACUGUUGGCACAAGGAUCGGGCCCAGCGGCCUCGCUUCUCCCACAUCGUCAGCGUUCUUGACGCACUGGUUCGAAGCCCUGAGAGUCUCAGAGCCACAGCCACGACUGGCAGGUGCCCACCCCCCGCCUUUGCCAGGAGCUGUUUUGACCUCCGAGGGGGCGGGGGUGGCGGCGGGGGCCUCACGGUGGGGGACUGGCUGGACUCCAUCCGCAUGGGCCGGUACCGAGACCACUUCGCCGCCGGCGGUUACUCCUCCCUGGGCAUGGUGCUUCGCAUGGACGCUCAGGAUGUGCGUGCACUGGGCAUCACUCUCAUGGGCCACCAGAAGAAGAUCCUGGGCAGCAUCCAGACCAUGAGGGCCCAGCUGACCAGCACCCAGGGUCCCCGGCGGCACCUCUGACUCUGGGCAUGGGGUCGUGCCAGCUAUCAGAGGACCAGUGGGGUUGGCAGCAGUCAGAGCACCCCAGGGCCCUGCCUGUCCCACUCUCCAGAGACAGAGAGGUGAAGGCUCUGCUUCAGUACCCAGAUUCACAAGGCUGAGCACCUAGGCUCGGCCUCUGGUGCCCAGUUGGCCAGGACAGCUGCCUCCUGGGGCAGGGGCUCCCUCUCUGCCAGAGCCUGGGCCCUUGAUGCAGAGUCCAACAGAGAUGUCACCACCGCCUCGUAUGUGUGUGUGUGUGCCUGUAUGUGUGUGUGUAUGAGUGUGCCAUAGGGGUGUGCUGUCACGAGGUGGCGGGGACCCAUGUGGACAACGUGUGAUCACCUGUGUGUCCGCAGUCAGGUCCUAGCAUGGUGCACAAGAGUUAGGAUGUGUGUGCUCGUCUGUUGGGGCUGGGUGUGAUGCAUCAUGAAUCAGGAACUCAUUCAUGCGAGUCAGGCAUCAGCGUGGCACUGCCCAGGUCCCAGCACCCAUGGGGACUGAGCAGAGGCUCCUGUGCCCCUACCCCCCCAUCUGGAGGUUGGAGUCAUGGGCUGCUUCUGAACCACACCAGCACCAGGCCUGCCCUGGUCCCUGCAUAGGUGAGCCCACCCCCGGCUGUAUCUCAGGUCCGGGGCCUCCCUUCAGCUGGGGGGCCACCUGCAGCUUCCACCUGGCUCCCACUGCUGCCCAACAGGAAAACAGGGUUUCUGGCCAGUCUGUCUGGCCACCUUUCUCAUAGGCAGCAGGGCAGAGCACUCAAGACUAGACUGGGCUGCCUAGCUGGGGCUGACAGGCCGUCAACUACACUCUGGUUCUGAUGCCCCCUGUGGCACCCAGGUCUCCUCCUGUGGAAGCCCCUUUGCCAACAUCUCUCUCCCCAGCCCCACCCCACCCCCUACCCCAUGCUUAGGGUCAGGGAAUAUAAGGUCCUAGACCCAGUUCCCAACUCCUAUACCACAUGGGGAGACAGAGGCCUGGAGAGGGGUACACCUUGUCCAAGGUCCCAUAGCAACCGAGUUCAAAAUUGGAACCUCCUGCCUCCCAGCCCAGGGCUCGUUUUCCCCAUCCACCUCCCCAGGCAGCCAGCUGGGGUGGGAGGGGCCUGGGGGGGAUCCCCCCCCAACUGACUGACCCUCCUCCUUAUGGCCCACCAGGGUAUGUAAAUAUCUCUUUUCUACCAUGUCAGAAUAUUUUUUCCUCACUCCUGACAAUGCAAAAAUGGUCUUCAAAGCACAUAAAAAGCACGAAGGGUGAGAAAGGCCCAUCCCAGGGAAGUCCGGCAGGCAGGGCCCAAGGACCUCCCCAGUGCCCCCUGCCAGACCCAGAGGGAGGGGCCACCCAGCUUCCAGCCCCUGCCCACCCCCUCCCCAUAGCCAGCACAGCUACCCCGCGAGACACCAGCACUGAGCCCCCUUUCCCUUCUGCAAUAAUUCGGGGAGUCUCAGCCCAUCCAGGUGCCGCGGCCAGCUCUCUCCACCUCUAUAUAUUAUAUUACUAUAUAGCCGAGCUGCUCUUCCUUCCUAUGGAAGUGGGAAACAUGGUCAGGACUCGAGCGGGGAGCACCCUGUGUUCCUCCCCACCCACCCCACUCUCACCCGGUUUCUGGGCUUGGGAUCCUCACAGUUACAGGGGUAUGUGGGCCUGGUACUUGCCAAGGUGUGGGCCCUGUUCCAGGUGUGGGUCCCCCUCAGGUCCCAGGGGUCUACCUCUCGGUGGCCCCCAGCCUGAGUCUUGAACUUACCCACAAUGAGAAUAAA